GGCACAAGACCAAAAGUCAUAUUGAUAGCUCGUGUAUGUCAAUGAUCAAGUUUACACGAAUGGCGACACUACGAACCGCGCCCCUUUGUAAACAGCUGUCGACAACUUGGUGCAAAAGGAAAUAUGCGUUCCUUUAUUCAAGUUUUGCAACAAGAACACCAAAAACUGGAAAUAGAAUUGCUAUAGCCAGUGAUAAAAGAAUGAAUAACCGUUCAGUUGCAAAGCCUAAACAUGACGGUGUUCCAAACAACCUUCCAACGACUGAAGCUGACGUCAGGCCUACAGCUAAACUUUAUAGUGUUCCAAAAAUCAGUCCAACUAUUAAAUCCGUAGCCAUUCAUGAACCUAAACUUCACGGUAUCUCAGGAAUUCGUCCCACCAUUAACACUGUUGACGUUCCUGAAUCUGAACAUCACGGUAUUCCAGAAAAGGAUAAUUCUGAAGAAAAUGUUGACAACACACUUAACAUUGAUGCUGUCAAAAGGGUUCUUUCUCAAUUCAGCCAUACUGCUGAGGUCAAUAAGAUGUGCAAAGAUGCCAACAUGACUUAUGCCAUUUUCAGAUCAACGUUUCGGUCAUUCAGUUCCAUAUGUUUGAAUGAGACGAUGUCGCCUGAGCUCUAUGACUUGAUGUUCGAUCUAACCAAGAAGAAAGGAAGUACUGUCUCGCUGUUUCCAUUAUUCCUGCAACAUGCACACACACUAUUUCCCCACCUGAAACACUUGAGUCAGUUGAAAAGUAUCUCAGACCUCACAUUGCCAGCUAAAUGGUAUACAGAUGCAAGAGAGAGGACACGUAAAAUUGUUUUACACGUCGGCCCAACCAACAGUGGGAAAACACAUCAUGCCAUGCAGAUGUUUUUAAAUGCAAAGACGGCUGUAUAUUGUUGUCCACUGCGUUUACUGGCCUUAGAAAUAUCUGAUAAAUCUAUUGAAGAGGGUGUACCAUGUGACCUGAGGACAGGUGAACUGAUUAGAUUUGCUAAUGAAGACAAAACACCUGGAACACACCUGGCAUGUACCAUAGAAAUGACCGAUGUACAAGAGCAUUAUGAUGUAGCUGUGAUUGAUGAAAUUCAGAUGAUACGUAGCCGAGAUCGAGGCUGGGCCUGGACCAGAGCUGUACUUGGUGUGAACGCUGAUGAAGUGCACAUCUGUGGUGAAGAAUCAGCCGUCCCUUUGAUAGAAAACUUGACAAAGUUGACCAAGGAUGAAUUUGAAGUGAAAACAUACCAAAGAUUAACACCUUUGAAAUUACUGGACGAAGCUGUUGAGGACUGGACAAAUAUACGGCCUGGAGACUGCAUUAUUUGUUUUAGUAAAGAAACUAUAUUUGAAGUAUCAGCCAAACUGAAUAAACUAGGAAUCCAAAUAGCCAUUAUCUAUGGGACUCUUCCACCAGCAACAAAGAUUGCCCAAGCCAGAAAAUUCAACGAUCCCCUGGACCCGUGUAAAGUGUUGGUGGCUACAGAUGCCAUUGGGAUGGGUGUAAAUCUCAACAUUGGAAGGAUUAUAUUCUACACAUUAACAAAGAAAAAAUCUGCACAUAAUGGAAAGACAGUACACAGAAUUAUCAAUGCCUCGGAAGCAAAACAUAUCGCAGGCCGCUCAGGCAGAUUUGGGACCAGGUAUCCAAAUGGAGAAGUGACAACCUUCAGAAAGUCAGAUCUUCCAGAUUUAUAUAAACUUUUCAGACGGGAGGUCACACCUAUAAAGUCUGCAGGAUUGAAGCCCACACCUGAACAAAUGGAAAUGUUUUCCUAUCAGCUUCCUGAUGCUUCCCUCAAAGAACUUCUGGAUACAUUUGAAUCCAUGGCUAAACACGACACGGAAAACUUUUUCAUGUGCGACCUACAUCAGAUGAAACAACUAGCGAUCAUAGUGGAUGAGAUUGGACUGCCCAUGAGAGACCGCUUCUUCUAUUCACAAGCACCAAUUGACAUCGAAAGUGAAAAAGAGUGUAAUGCAUAUAUAGAGUGUGCGAGGAAACAUUACAAUGAAGAGCCAAUCAAUAUAACGUGGUUGAUGAGACUUUUGGGCUGGCCUCUAAAGAUGCCAGAAACUACAGCUGGUCUGAGAGAGAUGGAAGCUGUCUUUGGGUGCCUAGAUAAUUAUCUGUGGUUCAGCAAGUAUUUUCCGACAAUUUACCAUGAGGAACACAGAGUACGUGCCAUCCAGAAAGAACUGGAGACUUGGAUUGAAAUUGGAUUAGUAACAUGCUUGUUGAAAAAAUUGUCAUGGAGCGAGACAAUCAAACUUAAAUCACAGUCUGUAAAGGAACCAGAACUUGCAGGUAUUGCGGACAAGUUGAAAAGAGAGAAGACUUUUAUAGAGGAGUCUGACAGCCCAACAAAAACAAUAGGAAAAACAGAAACAGGUGGUGAAAAAUCUGUAGCAGAACUUUUAAAAUUUCUGAAAAAAGGAGGUAUAUCAGAAAAAAGGCUAAUGAGGCUUAGCAAGGAUUUGGACGCUGAUUCAAUGUUAAAUGAAGCAGAAUCCAAAUUAGGGAAACACCCUAGGAAAGAUAAAUUUAAUAAAAAGAAGUACCUAAAAGACUUGGAAAAAUGGCUGAAAGAUAAAAAAUAAGAUAAAAUACUGAGAAAGGAGGUAAAUCUUACAUACUACAUACACAAUGAUAAAUAUUAAAGGCUUUGUUCUCCAAAAACACGACUUUACCAUCAUUUUGACUUAACACAGGUGUGUGCACUCUUUUCAAAAACCCCUGCACACUUUCAAAGAUAAUCAAGAUUCUGUAAAUGUAAUUUCAAACUUUUGUAUAAAGAUUUUAUCUCUUAUCUUUGAGUUGCAAUACUUUUAGGAGUAUGUCAGUUGAUGUGAUUAAAAGACAACUGCUAUUUCCAGUU